GCCAGGGGCUCGGGCCCCAGCGGCUCAGCCGGAGCACUGCGCACCCAGCGGGUCCGCCUGUCAGGCCGCCGCCUCUUCGACCGUCUGGCUUUCCACCCUUCGGCGCUCUGCCCUUCCUCAUGUUGGCACCCCCGGCCACGGAGACCGCCGUCCCCAUGUCCCAGACUGAGGCCGACCUGGCCCUCCGGCCCCCGCAGCCUCUUGCCUCCACGGGGCCGCCCCGUCCCGGGCCCCAUCCCCGCCGAGCGCGGCGCUUCUCCGGGAAGGCAGAGCCCCGGGCGCGCUCUUCUCGUCUCAGCCGCCGUAGCUCAGUCGACUUGGGGCUGCUGAGCUCUUGGUCCCUGCCAGCCACACCCUCUCCGGAACCCCCCGAUCCUCCGGACUCUGAUGGUCCUGGCCCCGCGAGGAGCCCACCGCCUGGCUCCAAAGAACCCCCUGGGGGCACGUGGGCCAAGGGAGCCCCUGUGAAGGCUGCAGACUCCGCGCGUCCCGAGCUCCCAGGUUCUGCAGUGGGUCCAGGGUCCAGGGAGCCGCUGAGGGUCCCUGAAGCUGUCGCCCUAGAACGGCGGCGGGAGCAGGAAGAAAAGGAGGACAUGGAGACCCAGGCUGUGGCUACGUCCCCCGACGGCCGAUACCUCAAGUUUGACAUCGAAAUUGGACGUGGCUCCUUCAAGACCGUGUAUCGAGGGCUAGACACCGACACCACAGUGGAGGUGGCCUGGUGUGAGCUGCAGACUCGGAAACUGUCUAGAGCCGAGCGGCAGCGCUUCUCAGAGGAGGUGGAGAUGCUCAAGGGGCUGCAGCACCCCAACAUCGUCCGCUUCUAUGAUUCCUGGAAGUCGGUGCUGAGGGGCCAGGUUUGCAUCGUGCUGGUCACCGAACUCAUGACCUCGGGCACGCUCAAGACGUACCUGAGGCGGUUUCGGGAGAUGAAGCCCAGAGUCCUUCAGCGCUGGAGCCGCCAAAUCCUUCGGGGGCUUCAUUUCCUACACUCUCGGGUUCCUCCCAUCCUGCACCGGGACCUCAAGUGCGACAAUGUCUUUAUCACAGGCCCUACUGGCUCUGUCAAAAUCGGGGACCUGGGCCUGGCCACACUCAAGCGUGCCUCCUUUGCCAAGAGUGUCAUUGGGACCCCGGAAUUCAUGGCCCCCGAGAUGUAUGAGGAAAAGUAUGAUGAGGCCGUGGACGUGUACGCAUUUGGCAUGUGCAUGCUGGAGAUGGCCACCUCUGAGUACCCAUACUCCGAGUGCCAGAAUGCCGCGCAAAUCUACCGCAAGGUCACUUCGGGCACAAAGCCGAACAGCUUCUACAAGGUGAAGAUACCCGAGGUGAAGGAGAUCAUUGAAGGCUGCAUACGCACGGAUAAGAACGAGAGGUUCACCAUCCAGGACCUCCUGGCCCACGCCUUCUUCCGUGAGGAGCGCGGUGUGCACGUGGAACUAGCGGAGGAGGACGACGGCGAGAAGCCAGGCCUCAAGCUCUGGCUGCGCAUGGAGGACUCGAGGCGCGGGGGGCGCCCACGGGACAACCAGGCCAUCGAGUUCCUGUUCCAGCUGGGCCGGGACGUGGCCGAGGAGGUGGCACAGGAGAUGGUGGCUCUGGGCUUGGUCUGUGAAGCCGAUUACCAGCCAGUGGCCCGUGCAGUACGAGAACGGGUUGCCGCCAUCCAGCGAAAGCGUGAGAAGCUUCGUAAAGCUAGGGAACUGGAGACACUCCCACCGGAGCCAGGACCUCCACCAGCAACUGCACCCAUGGCUCCCCAUCCUCACAGUGUCUUCCCUGCUGAGCCUGAGGAGCCAGAGGCAGACCAGCACCAGCCCUUCCUUUUCCGCCAUGCAAGCUACUCAUCUACCACCUCGGAUUGCGAGACCGAUGGCUACCUCAGCUCGUCCGGCUUCCUGGAUGCCUCAGACCCUGCCCUUCAGCCCCCUAGGGGGGUGCCAUCCAGCCCAGCUGAGUCCCAUCUCUGCCUGCCCUCGGCUUUUGCCCUAUCCAUUCCACGUUCUGGCCCUGGAAGUGACUUUUCCCCUGGGGACAGGUAUGUUCUAGGCUAUGCCUCAGAUGCAGCAUCAGGCCUUAGCGAUGUGGGAGAAGGGAUGGGACAAAUGAGGAGACCCCCUGGGAGGAAUCUCCGGCGCAGACCCCGAUCCCGACUGCGGGUCACUAGUGUCUCAGACCAGAAUGACAGAGUGGUUGAGUGCCAGCUACAGACUCACAACAGCAAGAUGGUGACCUUCCGAUUUGAUCUGGAUGGGGACAGCCCGGAAGAGAUUGCAGCUGCCAUGGUGUAUAAUGAGUUCAUUCUGCCCUCGGAGCGAGAUGGAUUUCUCAGACGGAUUCGGGAGAUUAUCCAGAGAGUGGAGACCCUGUUGAAGAGAGACACUGGCCCUGUGGAGGCUGCUGAAGACACCCUAUGUACCCAGGAGGAGCCAGCACCAUUACCUGCCCUGCCCGCCCCGCUCCCAGACUCAUCCAACGCAGAGCCCCAGAGCAGCACCUCCCUGGAGCACAGGAGCUGGGCAGGCUUCUCUACCUCCUCAUCUUCGGGAACUCCUUUGUCUCCUGGAACCCCCAUUUCCCCAGGUCCCAUCUUCCCCAUCACGUCUCCCCUAUGUCAUUCCAGCCCCUCCCCAUUCGCCCCCAUUUCUUCCCAGGUCUCAAAUCCCUUUCCACACCCCCCCAACUCUCUACUCCCGUUCUCCAGUGCCCCCGAGUUUCCAGUCCCACCCUCUCAGUUUCCCCAGAGUUCUCUCCCGAGUUCUCCACCUGCAUUCUCUCCCAGUUGUUCUCAGGUCACUCUUAGUCCCCCUUUUGUUCCCCUGUGCCCCUCCACUUCUUCCCUCCCCUCCACCACAGCAGCCCCUCUCCUCUCUCUGGCUAGUGCCUUCUCACUGGCUGUGAUGACUGUGGCCCAGUCCCUGCUGUCCCCCUCACCCGGGCUCCUUUCCCAGUCUCCUCCAGCCCCUCCUUGUCCCCUCCCUAGCCUGCCACUUCCCCCUCCCCUUGCUCCUUGUGGCCAGGAGAGCCCUUCACCCCACACAGCUGAGGUGGAGAGUGAGGCCUUGCCAACUCCUGCUCGUCCCCUCCCAGGUGAAGCCAGGCUGGCACCCAUCUCUGAAGAGGGAAAGCCACAGCUUGUUGGGCGUUUCCAAGUGACGUCACCCAAGGAACUGGCUGAGCCUCUUCCCCUGCAGCCAGCAUCCCCCACUCUCUCCGGUUCUCCGAAACCUUCAACCCCUCAGCUCACUUCAGAGAGCUCAGAUACAGAGGACAGUGCUGGAGGCGGGCCAGAGACCAGGGAAGCUCUGGCUGAGAGCGACCGUGCAGCUGAGGGUCUGGGGGCUGGAGCUGAGGAGGAAGGAGAUGAUGGGAAGGAACCCCAAGGUGGGGGCAGCCCCCCACCCCUGAGUCAUCCCAGCCCUGUGUGGAUGAACUACUCCUACAGCCGCCUGUGUCUGAGCAGCGAGGAGUCAGAAAGCAGCGGGGAAGAUGAAGAGUUCUGGGCUGAGCUGCAGAGUCUUCGACAGAAGCACUUAUCAGAGGUGGAAACACUACAGACCCUACAGAAAAAGGAAAUUGAAGACUUGUACAGCCGACUGGGGAAGCAGCCUCCACCGGGUAUUGUGGCCCCAGCUGCUAUGCUGUCCAGCCGCCAGCGCCGCCUCUCCAAGGGCAGCUUUCCCACCUCCCGCCGCAACAGCCUACAGCGCUCUGAGCCCCCAGGCCCUGGCAUCAUGCGAAGGAACUCCCUGAGUGGCAGCAGCACCGGCUCCCAGGAGCAGCGGGCAAGCAAGGGGGUGACAUUCGCCGGGGAUGUUGGCAGGAUGGUGAGGGCGGGCCCAAGGGAGGGAGAGCCCAGGGAACGGUACCUGGCUGCAGCUUUGCCUUCUUCCCACCUUGGAGGUUCGUCAUCACUUUUCUUUUCCCUCCAGUGAAUACUGAACAGAAGCCGUGUAUCUCCCUCACACCAGGGCCCACCAUGGAGCCUGUGUUCUCAGAAUCUGAUGCUUUUCUGACCAACACAACUGAGCAAGGAAGAUCCCAGCACUGAGCCGGUAGAGGGCCAGGGGGGCAUGGAGAGUGCAGCUCCAUUAUAGUGAAGAGCCAAACAUAUGUUGAACUGUUUGCUGUGUGGAGGUGUCAGUUCCACAGCCUACCAUCUUCAUCUACCCCCUCCCCUGCCAAGAGUCAACCACUAAGCAAUCCCGCCCAAUCCCAGAUGCUUCUAAAGGGGCCCACUCCCAGCUGGGAGAGUGCAGGGGAUAUGCUCACACCACAUUAGCAGCAACCAAUAAAAAUGCUGGAAACAAGGACA